UUUACAUACCCAUUUUAUUCUAGCAUACCCAUUUUCUUCUUCUUUUACAUACCACAAUAUGGCUGCAUUUUCAACCGAAGAGGAUGUUGCGCUAAUUCGUGCUUUUUAUGUUGUUGCUAGUGAGCCUUUGAUCGGCAGAGAGAUGGAGGGGAGGGUUUUUUGGAACCGAAUACUAGAGGAAUUUAGAGCAUCAUUUGGCAACAACAUUGAAAGAAGCACCAAGUCAAUACAGUGCCGAUUUACAAUCUUGAAACAAAAUGUUAAGAGAUACGUCGGUCAUGUAAGAGUUCGUUGCCGGGGUAUGGCUGCUGGGGGUUAUAACGUUGCCACGGCUUAUCAUCUAGGGCAAGCUGCAUAUGAAGAGGAAGGAAAAAUAUGGAGACAUGGAGCGGUUUUCGAAAUUCUUAAGACGCAAUUUGGUAGGGAGUAUGAUCCUGAGUUCUUUCAUCCUCCGUUUAAAGGCAAUCCUGAAGAUGGAGCCGAAGCUUAAGACAGCAACACAAACUUUGUGGGUAAACCUCUCUGUAAACCCUCACAAGACCAAACUCGUCUGGUAGGGUCACCUAAAGGUUUAAGGGAAUCUUUUUAUAAUAUUUAUGUAUUUCUGGUUUUUGUUGGUCCUCUAGCAUGUAUUCGACCUAGUGGUCACUUGUAAUCAUGCUAGUGAUAAAGUGUGGUCCACCUAUUAUAAAUAAUAAUUUAAUUUCAUAUGGA